CCCCGCCGCCCCAGCCGCUCCGGCGCCGCCGCUCCGUGUGCGGGACCUGCCUCGUUGCACCGCCGCGGGAGCGCCGCCAGCAGCGGAGGGCUGGGCGGCGGCCGCGCCGCGUCCGCUAAGGCAGCGGAACCCUCGUGGCUGGAUGCGCUUCCUGUAGCGGUCGGUCCUCGCGUCGGCUUCCGCUUCCGGGUGGCGGCCGCGUCCUGAGGAGGGUCAGGGAGCGGGCAGGUAUGGGGCACGGAAGUGAACAUGGCCAUGGUCAUGGCAAAAUGGAACUCCCCGACUACAGGCAGUGGAAGAUAGAGGGCACUCCGCUGGAGCAGGUCCAGGAGAGGCUGGCUAAGAGGGGCCUGAGGGAUCCGUGGGCUCGGAACGAAGCCUGGAGAUACAUGGGUGGCUUUGCAAAACCUGUCACCUUGACAGAAGUCUUUACCAGGGGACUCAAGUGGGGAUCCGUAGCAUUUGUCAUAGCUCUUGGCAUCGAAUACGCACUGUUUCCUCCAAAGAACGGAGGCCAUCACUGAAGAUCAAAUACAACAAUUUAAUACUUACUGAUUACUACUCUGAAAUAUACGUAAGCCUGCUGAUCACUCUGUACUUAAAAUGUGCGUAUUAAAGGCCACCACAGGCAAAA